CGCGCCUCAGUCGUGUUCCGUGCAGGCAGACCAGCUCGUGCAGUUUUGCACAUCGGCACAGAGAAAUGGCUCAAGCGAGCGUUGAUACCGUUCUGCAGUCCAUGGCAGAAUCCAACGUUAACUUCGCAUUCGACAUGCAUAAGACGAUGGACGCGGGAAACAUCUUUUAUUCUCCUCUCAGCAUACAUGUGAUACUUACACUAGUAUAUUUCGGUGCAAAAGGUGAAAGAGCUCGGCAGAUCCGAGAGGGUCUCCGUUUACAUGGUAACGACGAUGUCAUAGAGAGAGGCAUCGAGACUACAAUGCGUGAGUUAAACGCAUCCGAUGACAUACUGCUCGACAUAGCUAAUAGAAUAUUUCUGAAGACUGGUUUUGAACUACGGAAAGAAUUUCUACAAUCUGCAGAUAAAUUUAUAGCGGGAGUCGAACAAGUGAAUUUUCAUCAAUCAGACGUAGCAAGGAAAACGAUAAAUGACUGGGUCGCAAAGAAGACACAUGAUAAGAUACAAAACUUAAUCCCUGCAGGAGUUCUGGGUGGUCAGACCCUGAUGGUGCUAGUCAAUGCAGUCUACUUCAAAGCAGAGUGGCAGAAACAGUUUAAUAAAAUGAACACUGCGCCCAGACGUUUCUUCACGGAUGCUGGCCCCGCGACUAAUGUUGAUAUGAUGCAGAUACAGAGCAAAUUUAAGUACGCAAUGAGGUACGAUCUGGAUGCACAGGUCCUCGCCCUUCCCUAUAAGGGAAACAAAUUCAUCAUGCUUGUAUUUCUACCAAGACAAGCAGACGGUUUGAGGAACCUUGAGAGUAAACUUGCAGAGUUAAAUCUGAGAGAUGUCACCAGUAAUAUGUACAAAAAUGAUGUACUUGUCUUUUUACCUAAGUUCAAAAUGGAGUAUAAGAAAGAGCUUAAUGAACCAUUGCAACAGCUUGGUAUGACCGACAUGUUCAGCGAGCUCAAGGCGAACUUCACUGGCAUUACCAGAACGGAGCCGCUACACGUGGACAUGGUCUUGCACAAGGCUUUCAUCGAGGUCGGCGAAGAAGGAACGGAGGCAGCGGCUGCUACAGUUGUUAGUUUCUCAUCAGUCACAUCUGUGGGAGGUGGGCGUUCGGAGCAGAUCGUGUUUAAGGCCGACCAUCCCUUCCUGUUCUUCAUACUGCACGAACAGACGCGACUGGUUCUCUUCGCCGGACGUUACUCCUCGCCGCCUCCUUAACUACUCAAUAAUGGCUGCUUAUCGUAUCCUGAAGAAUUUUCUUACCCGAAGAUCUCUAGCAUGGAGGCGGCCAAUCUGCGUGGCUAAUUUGCGUAACUAUCUGAAAGUAAAUCGACAAACACUGUUCUCAGUGUGGUGCCUCUUUGUAUAUCCAUUUUAUAUGUACAAUAACAGAUUAAAAUGCUGCCGAAUUACAAAA